AGUGGACAUUUAUUUAUGUUUUUACCUUAUUCUAUUUUAAAUCAGACGGAUGGGCUGGUUGAAAAGAAUCGUGAUAGGAUUCGUCCUGAGGCACUGGACAUGCUUUGUGACAGUGGUGUACAAUCCAUCGCCGCAAUGUUUAUCCCAGCUAACCCGAACAGGCGCGGCCCCAUCGGUGCUCCGGGAUCUCGGUUUGGUCGCUCUCCCACCCUUCUAGACAGCUUCCAUACUUCUCUCCUGGCUUUGAUGGAAACAAUGAAAACAAAGCGGCCCUGGUUUGUUCGAUGUAUCAAACCGAAUCCAGAAAAACGGCCAAUGACCUUUGAGGAUACCAUGGUCAUGGAACAACUGCGCUACAUCGGUAUUCUGGAAACCGUGAGAAUUCGCAGCUCUGGAUUCCCUGUUCGCCUCCCCUACCAACAAUUCGUGCAAAAUUACGUCUCUCUUUUGGAUCGUCAAACCUUUCACAAAGUCACCAGCAUUCCUGACUUGAAGCAACGUGCCGAUGCUCUUUUCAAGAAUAUACAUCGCGUAUUAGCAUCCCCCAGUCAGAUAAACUUGGGUCAGGAGUUUGAGAUGGGUCGUUCGAAAGUCUUUCUGCGUCAGGAGUUGGCUGAUCAGCUGGAAGGCGUCCGUCGGCGACGCCACGUUCAAGCGGCUCGCACCAUUCAGCGUGCUUGGCGCCGACGCGCACUCGGGCAGUUGGACAGAGCCAGAAACAAUGCUGCUACUUUGAUUCAGGCCGUCUUCAGGGGCUACCUUGCAAGGCAAAAAGAAAAACAAGAAGUUGCUGAUGAGAAUCAGAAUUCCUGCGCCGGUAAGUUCACUCUGAUGUCCAUGAGUGAUGAAAUUAUGUGGAAGCACCUGAGUAGUAUUUAUGCAUCAGAUGAUGAGUCGAGCUUGUAUUGUAAGUCAUCAACAUCUGACAUAAUGAUAUCUUAUGAAAUUAUGAAUUUGUUAAAGGAUAACGACGAAGAAAUGGACUACGUGGAACCUCUUACACCUGCUGAAAUCAACAGUUUACCAAUUCCUCAGGAUUUAUCAUUCAUUGUCGAAAAAGCUGGCUCAGCCCAAGGAAAGGAGGACUUUUUCGUAAACCCAGAGAUGGAGAUAUCAAAGACUUUUAUGGUUAAACGUCUAAUGACCAGUGAUCUGCCUGGUUGUUGGACUCGGUUCAAAGGCGACCUGUGGACAGCACCAACAAUCGCACAACUUAUCGCUAGCAGCGGAUCCGCCAGUAGUAAGCGCUUGGAUAAGUUCCAACUCGGCCAGCGUAUGACACCACUUAUUCGCCCCCUUAUUCUCAACCGUCCUACUCAAAUCGAAGGGGAGAUGGCCAUUGAGGCCUCUAAACUGAUUAUCCGUCUACUCUACCAGAACUCAGGAGAUCUGAUGGAUGAAUUUUUGAUGGGGAGUUACCUUUAUCAAAUGGCCCUCUCGAACUACACCCUCUUCAGGGAGAUUCUUUUCCAACUGCUCAAUCAAACACUCAACUGGCCGAUAACUAGCGAGUUGGACUAUGCAACGGACUCAGAGGACGAAGAGAUAACUUUCAGCCAUGCCCGGAAAGAUCUUAUACGUCAAAAGUCAACCAGGUGGAAGUCGACUGGGCGCACUGGGGUACAAAUGAAGCGCACGCGUCACGAGAUCAGCCAUAAGACUGCACAAGAUGACAUGCGCCGCAGCCACCGACGUUUGUGGAUGCACAUUGCGGGCGUCCUCACUUGUGGCCGACUGCCUAAAUCCCAGAGAGCCGCUGUUGUUCGACACAUACGUCAGUUUGCACCUCCCCGCUCACUUCGGUUCUGUGAAGAUAGGAUUGUUACAGCACCUGUUACAGUAAGAACCUAUCCACCAUCAAUGCUGGAGUGGCGAGUGAACUACAACGGCACAAACAUGGCUCUAUAUCUCACCUACCCCGAUGGCACCACUGCCAACAUCCACACUCUCAGCUUCAGCAGAGCUGACGAACUUGCCAAUCAGGCCAUUAGUUUGAAAGCAAAAACCGCGCGCCUGGGACGUGGAUGGACGGUGAGCCUCUACCACAAGGGUGGAGUCAUUGAACCCAGUGGACAUAGGUUUGUAAUGGACGUGCUGAGUUCCACGGAACUUCCUUCUGAUUGGUUCGCUCUCUCAGGCCUGAGCCACGACCAGACUUUCCUAGCGACUGCCAUGGAUCCAUCACAGUACGCUCUUGGGCCACCAUUCGUUGGCACCCUCCGAAAUAACGCAGCCUACAAGUCAGCUCGAAGUUCCGACAGAAGUGUGCAAAUGCGUUAUCCUUCCCUCGACAGACGGCGCCCACAACCGAACGGGGCUGCAGCUAGGCAACUGGAUUGUUCCAUUCUACCGCCGAUCGGAACCUGGGGCAACGGACGAAAUGGUAUUGACGAAGACGGAACUUGGUCUCGCAAAAUGAGAGGCACCGUCGCCUCUUCAAUUCAUGGCAUCGCAGAAACCGCGGCUCCUCGCGGAACGGUCAGUUCGGCUGCGCGAGAGGCGAGCUGGCUGCAGGCGGUGCGGAAGAUGGCCGCCAAGCGCUACGACCCACCAAAGCCGCGUAUGAGCAUUCGCCGCGGACGCAGUUUCAAAGGAAACCAGUCAAAAGUCAAAUUGCCCCGGGCGACGUCUGUAAUGGCGAUGAAUGAUGACGAGGAUGUGACUGUGAAUGCUGAUCCCUCUUUGUCCAGCGGUCCACCUAUCGGCCUCCCUCCAACCAGUGGCCCUUUGAGUGGAUAUCCGCCCCACGAAAUGCGCUACCUGACCUAUAAGCACGCCCGAUGGUCCUUGCGCGUUCGGAAAGAGCUCAUAACUCCACUUGAAAAAUUGAAGCCAAAGCGCAUUCUUGACCUGGUAUUUUGUCAAAUUGUCGGUGAUGUACUUGAAAACGUCACGCCUCGUCUGACAUCAAACGACAUCCGCGUGCUUCGCAAUACGAUUGGUGAAAUCCUCCUUAACAGCUCCCUUAACCAGCUUAUUUACCAACCAACGGCUGUGAAACGAAUGGUUGUCGAUGCAGCAAAACAAUGUCCUUACUAUUUCGGUCGGUUCUAUGCCAUUGAGCCAACUGAUGGAUCGGGGAAAGCGCGUUCUUACGACUGGUGCAUAGUAGGGCACAAGGCCAUCCGUUUUGUGCGCCAGAAGAGGAACGAACGGAACCUGGAGCUGUACGCAGAAGUACCGCUUUCAAGUAUUGUCAGCUGUGAGGCAGUCUGCAAGGAAAGACCGAUUGUACAGCCCUCCGUCGCUGGGCAAAAGUACCUGAUCAACACGAAGGGCAUUCGCCUUACUGACGAGGCCAACUACGUCGCGAUUAAGGAUGACAAGGGCCGCGCAUAUGACAUGUACACAAACUACGCUGAUGAUUUAAAACGCCUUAUUGACAUUUUCGUGGCCGAGUACAAGGCAACUUCAUUAAAAUUUCUAGAACCUCCACGAGAGCAACGAGAAAAAACUUACGUGGAUUACAUGUCGGAUACAGUGUCUGUCGCUUCGAUGCGCUCUUCGUACAACGUCGCACUGGAGGCUCUGGUGCCUUUCGGAAGGGAACACUUCAGGGACAAGAGGAACAUUGGGAAGCAAUUGUCCUGGCAAUCCACGCCUUUGAAAUACGGAUCAUUGAUCAAACUUUCAGACCCCAACGCUGUCGAUUCCGCCUCUAGGAUCUUUGAAGCUCUUCUUGAACUUUGCCAUGAACGCCAACCUUCAAAACCACCUGUUGCCCUUGUUCAACGAAUCCUUAAGCUGGCCAGGCGCCAUCCAGCUCUCCAGGACGAGGUUUUCUGCCAACUCGUGAAGCAAACCAUCAAGAACGAAAGCGAAAACCAGAACUCGCUGACCACAGUUUGGACGGUCUACGCGAUCUGCACCAUGUUCUUGAACUGCUCUUCGAAGUUGCGCGCUAUGCUUCUUGAGCAUGCCAAGAGCGUAACUCUUUACGGUCAAAAGGUACAAACUUUGGCCGCGACAGUGAUCGGAAACCUGGACAAAGUGGAGAAAUACGGUCCGCGACAGGCUCUUCCGCCCGACGUCGAGGUUGACGCCUACUUGAGGGGUGAAAUGGCUCGAAAACAGCAAAUAAACCUCCCGGCGCGUUGCGCCAUCUCAGUGAAUGUGUCCCCUAUGUCUCUCAUUGGCGAGGUCUCCUUUAUGCUCUCCGAGCAACUGAACAUUACGCAGGCCAAAGAGAGAUUGGAGUUUACUUUAUUCCGCCUACCUUCGAAACCUUUAAAUGGAAUCGCCAACUUAAGUCUGAUUCCAAUUGAACUGAACACUUACUACUUUGAUUCGUGUCCUUAUGACGAAGGCAACGAGGAUUCAGCGUUGUUCUACAGACGUGUUUGCUGGUGGACCCAGCCCAAUCUAGAGAAGCGCUCUCCCGAGUACAUAAAGGUCCUUUUUGAUCAAGUUGUUGAACAAUUUUUAUCAGGAUACUGGAUUUCAACUGAAGACGGCCAGCUCGAAGAAAAACAAUAUCGGGAACUCAUAAACAUGGCUGUGUAUUUGUCUUUUAUUUUUUCAACUGGAUCAAAACUAACACACGAAGAAGCCGUUGAUCUAAUGCCCCGUGGAGUUGGUAUUCGAAAGCGCGAGUGGACAAGGCACCUUUUGGAUGCGGUUGCGCGGUGUCCUGAAAUGACCCCUGCAGAAGCUCGUAAAAGUCUUAUUGCUGCAAUUUCACAUUGGCCCCUCUACGGCGCAACGUGCUUCCACGGCUUCCUGAAAUCGCUUCCCGAGGCUCAUUCGCAGGAGUUUUUCCAAAAGUACCGUGAAGACAAGAAUGUCACAAAAGCACCCAUUCCAAUACUCAUAGCUAUCUGUCGCAGCUCGAUCUGCUUCCUUCACCCCGUGCGCCGGGUCAUCCUUAUGAAUUUCCCCACUUCAGAACUUAAACGUGUCAGAAAAGUUCUUUCUCGCGAGGAAGGGGAAGAGUACGCUGGAGAAGUGACCCUCACCUUCGGUUCGCAGGACGUCACCUUGAUCUUGGACCAGGUAAAUACGGAAUUCUCUCCAAAUUUGGACCAGGCGUGCAUUUUCUGA